AUGGAUGAGUUUAGGGUAAGACGCGAGUUUUCAUCUCCAACCGGUGUUUCGUUGGAUCCAAGAUACGCCAAGGCAGCGCGGUGCCUUCUAGAAGAAGUUAUCGACCUUGGUGGUAGAGAAGUCGAUCUUUGCAACGACGUUCUUAUCCAACAACUGUUUCCAGGAAGAAGAAGACCCGGUUUUGGCUUGUCCUCUGAGAUCAAAUCUGAACUAUGUAACUCAGGUUUCAUGUCUUUGCCUGAGAAUCAUGAGCUUCAUAUCAAAAUCACCAAGCUUCUCAGUUUGUUGCAACAGGUAGAUGAAAGGUUUGACAUAUACUGCACUCAACUAGAGCAAGUGAUAUCAUCAUUUGAGGAAGUAACAGGAGAAGGAUCAUCAAAACUCUACACCGGUUUAGCACUUCAAGCCAUGACUCGACAUUUCGGUUCUCUCCAAGAAGCUAUCCUCUCUCAGCUCAACUCUCUUCGUCGAAGAUUCAUCAUCUCUCAAGAUUUUGUUCCCAAGAUCAUGACCUCUGGUUUGUCACAGCUCACCUUGUUCGAUGGGAACACUCCAUCAUCACUUCAGCGUCUUGGUUGGGUUCAAGGACCUCAGAGACAUGCCUGGAAACCCAUCAGAGGCUUGCCUGAAACUUCUGUUGCGAUUCUCAGAGCUUGGCUCUUUCACCAUUUCUUGCAUCCCUAUCCUAGUGAUGCAGAGAAGUUGAUGUUGGCGUCUCAAACAGGGCUUUCAAAGAACCAAGUGUCAAACUGGUUCAUAAAUGCUCGAGUUCGACUCUGGAAACCAAUGAUAGAAGAGAUGUACAGAGAAGAGUUUGGAGACUCCUCAGAUGAAUCCAUGCAUAGAGAAGGCAAUGACGAUUCAAACUGACUUGAAAAAGAACAACAGAACUGAGGUUCACACCGUCUAACUCGAUCCUUUGAUGAGUUUGUUAGCCAAUUUUAUAUCUUCUUCUUCUUUAUGUUUUAUCUUUACUAUUUUCUAGAAUCAGCACUGUAAUGUGCACUGGACUCAUGUUUCUUUGCUUCACUUAGUUUUUG